CCAAAAACAAUGUUAUCAUUUAAUCGAAACUAUACCAAAAAACAAAGAAUAAACUAAAAGUAAAUCUAAACCCGACCCGGAGCAAAAUAUAAAUGGAGCAGAGUUGCGUGUUCUACUUUUCCCUCACAAACCCGAUUAGCAAAAAUCUCCCCGCCGCAAUGGGUUCAUCCGGCAACCGUAGCAAGAAGAAAUCGUCCAUGUCUGGCCGACGAUAUUCCGACGAUUCGGAAUCCCCUGCCACAGAUUCCGAUUCAAUUUCUCACUCCGACUCCGACUCAUCUCCGCCGACUAGCAGUCGCCGCCGCCGAAGCAAAAGCCGAAGUCACAGUCGCAGAUCGAGAGCUCAUGAAUAUUCCGACGAAGAGAGCAGCGACAAUGACGAGCGAGAGAAGAAGAAGAGGAAAAUCACUGAAGAAGAAAUCGCUUUAUAUAUGGCUAAAAAAGCACAGAAAAAAGCUAUGAAAGUAGCGAAGAAGUUGAAACAACAGACAGUUUCUGGCUAUUCAAACGAUUCAAAUCCAUUCGGUGAUUCAAAUCUGAACGAGAAAUUCGUGUGGAGGAAGAAAAUCGAACGAGACGUCACACGUGGCGUGCCGCUUGAUACCUUCUCGAUGAAGGCAGAGAAGCAAAGGCAGAAAGAACGAAUGGCCGAAAUCGAAAAGGUUAAAAAAAGGAGAGAAGAACGAGCAAUGGAAAAAGCCCAACGAGAAGAGGAACUACAGUUGUUAGCUAGAGAACGGGCCCGGGCCGAGUUUCAGGACUGGGAGAAGAAGGAAGAAGAGUUUCAUUUUGAUCAGAGUAAAGUUCGGACUGAAAUUCGCCUCCGUCAGGGUCGGGUUAAGCCCAUUGAUGUUCUUAUAAAGCAGUUAGAACCUUCUGGAGACUUCGAUGUGGAAAUAGAUGAACCUUAUGUUGUGUUUAAAGGUUUAGGUAUAAAAGAAAUGGAAGAACUUGAGGAGGAUAUAAAAUUGCAUAUCGACUUAGAUAGGGAAACACCGAUGCAUAUACAGUAUUGGGAGGCGCUUUUGGUGGUGUGUAAUUGGGAAUUAGCUGAAGCUAGGAAAAGGGAAGCUAUGGAUAAAGCGCGAGUGCGCGGAGAGGAAUUACCACCUGAAUUGCUUGCAGAAGAGAGGGGGUUGCAU